GAUUUCUCCCCGGAGUGUCCAGACGGGCUGGGGGACACAGGAUGGAAGAGCUGAUAGGAGUAUCUAACGGGACAUGCAGACGGGCUGAUCUCUUCUAAUAUUUCAUUGACUGGUCGUGUCGGUGUGACGCCUCACCAUGCCGCUGGUGAAGAGGAACAUCGAGCCCCGCUACCUCUGCAGAGGGGAGCUCCCUGAUGGCAUCGGCAGCGAGCUGGAGUGUGUGAUGAACAACACGCUCUCUGCCAUCAUCCGUCAACUCAGCAGCCUGAGUAAACAUGCAGAGGACAUUUUCGGAGAGCUGUUCAACGAGGCCAACACAUUUUACUUGCGUGCCAACUCUCUCCAGGACCGCAUCGAUCGGCUGGCCGUCAAGGUCACACAGCUGGACUCGACCGUGGAGGAAGUUUCCCUUCAAGACAUCAACAUGAGGAAGGCCUUCAAGAGCUCCACCACUCAGGACCAGCAGGUGGUGUCCAAGAGCAGCGUGCCCAUCCCCGUCAAAGAGAUGUACAACCUGAGUGACAAGCCUCCGCCGCUCAACAUCCUUUCAUCGUACAGGGAUGACUGCAAAGAAGCUCUUAAGUUCUACACCGAUCCCUCUUACUUCUUCAACCUGUGGAAAGAGAAGAUGCUGCAGGACACGGAGGACAAGAGAAAAGAGAAAAGGAAGCAGAAGGAGCAGAGGCGCUGUGUGGACGGCACGUUACAGAGGGAGGUGAAGAAGGUUCGAAAGGCGAGGAACCGUCGCCAGGAGUGGAACAUGAUGGCUUUGGAUAAAGAGCUGAGGCCCGAUCAUCGACACACCAUACACCGAGACAGAGGGGCUUCCUCUGAGGGCUCCAUGUCUCCAGAGAACAGGGGUCAUGGUCCGGACCAGCUCCAUUACCCAAACUCAAUGAACCACGCCGGCCACGCCCACACCUACUCCGGCCCUCCGCCCAGCGUCCUGGCGGCCCAGAUGGCUGCGGGUCACGGUCCUCGAGGAGAGCAUGAUAACCGAGGAAGGGCGAUGAUGGCCUAUCAGGGCGGGACACUGGGCCGCACUCACCACCACCACCACCAACAACAAGUCCCGUUGCCUCCUCCACCCAGUGAGGCAAUGAACGGUGGAUCCAUGUCCCUCCCACCAAUGGACUACAGUCUGGACGGUUAUGCAAACACCGGUCCUCCUCCCCCUCCUCCCGCCCCUCUCAUCCCCUCUGCCCAAACUGCCUUCGCCUCACCCCCCGGAGGUCCGAUGUCUCCAGGGCCGAUGACUGGCGCAGGAGGCUACGCUCCACCUCCACCGCCUCUAUCCGGGGCCCAUGCAGCUCCACCUCCCCCUGGUCCUCCACCACUUCCUCUUCCAUCUGGUGCCUCUCAUCCCACAACCCACAAGAUGUCUUCCUCCGCUCCCGCUGAGGCCGCAGCGGUCAAUGACGCCCGCAGUGACCUGCUGGCCGCUAUACGAAUGGGCAUCCAGCUGAAGAAGGUACAGGAGCAGCAGGAGCAGCAGGCCAAGAGAGAGCCAGUCGGAAACGACGUGGCCACCAUCCUGUCGCGACGCAUCGCUGUUGAGUACUCGGACUCUGAGGACGACUCCGAGCUGGAGGAGAAUGAUUGGUCGGAUUAAGAGAAGAAGAGAUAACCACUGACACACAAUCAGCCAAUCUCACAGUCACUUGAUGCCCACUGUAACACACACUAUGUUGCUGGAAACACACUCUCACACACACACAUAUACACACACACACACACACACACACACACACACACACACAUAUACACACACACACACACACACACACACACACACACACAUAAAAAACACACCUACACACAGUCACAUGCUGUAUGUUAAUAUAAGCUGAAUGGUCCAAAACUGGAAAUGUGGGGGUGUAUUCAAGAUGCAUAAACACUGUAAAGACACUAAUAAUCUGCUGUAACACUAUGAACAUUAACACUUUAAUCUAUGUAUUACGAAGCAUUGUGAAUACACCCGAGUGGAUGUUUCUCUACCUGUGCUAACACCAUAGACACCCUGUGAAGGUGCUUACUGUAUGUAGAGUCCGAGCUUGAGAGUGCUAGUGCUAAUAGAAACCUUCCUCUUGAGCUAACCGAUGUACUCGUCUUUUUUUAAUGUUUUUACUGGAACACUUGUUCGCCAUCGACCAUGAGGUUUUUAACAUGACAGUAACUGUAUUUGAGGACUGGGUCAGGCCACUGAGAACUGGGAGAACGGGGAGGGUGACAUUAUGAAUCAUUGACUGUAUGUAAAGAUGGACGGCGUGUCUCAACCUCCUCCUGUUGGACAAAAGUGAAGCCAAACACCCCAAAAGAUUGUGUAUGUGGAACCAGGGUAUAAACAGUAUGAUUUUGUUAGAGGGGCCAUGCAGUGACGUCCCGCCCCCUCUGCAGACCUUAACACACAUGUAACUCACAGAUGGUAAAGAUCCUGAGGCUGGUACGGCCCACAGAUCAACAGGUACUAGUUCAGGUUGGUGAGGAAGAGAUUCAGGUGAGGUUUGGAGUUGGGACUCUUGGUUAUAUGUUAGUGUCCUGUUUCUCUGGCUCUCCACUCUGCUGAGGUGCUGCAGUCCCAUUGGUCAACAGAGCUGUCAAUCAUGGCAUCACACCCUAUUUUUAAAGCAUCGAAUGACUCGUUAAAUCUCAGCUCAGGAGAGUGACCACCAGGAAGUAAAUCAGCAAGAUAAUAAGAAGCUGUAGCGACUAGGGAUGGGCAUUUCAAGCCAAACUACUAUUUGAUUAUCAUUGGCAUCUAUUGGAUGAUUAUUCGAAUAAUCACCCUCCCACACACACACGCACACAUAAACCUGUCCCGUCAACGGCCCGUUUGUGUGGCAGUCACAUAAGCCAGCGGCAGGACAUGGUGCUGCUAGUAGCGGGCACUGACAGCGUCUGUCUUGAUCUUUAUGUCAGUGUUUCUGUGACGCGGCGUGGUGUGUGUUUACAUUUUACAGCCAUGCUCAGUCUCCGGAAAUACGUGUAGUACUGUGAGAUUCAGAAAAGGAAAAAAUCACAACGACUGUCGGUAAUGUUUUCUUCUUCUUUUGCUAUUUAAUGCAGUUAGCAUUCUUCUUCUUCUGUUAUUUAACGCGGUCAGCAAACAGCUUUAAGACUCUCUAUUGCCACUUUCUGGUGAGAAUACCAUAUUUCAACCUCAUUUGCUGCAUGUCUUCCCCCACUCUCUACUCCCCAUAUUUCCUGUCUCUCUGCAGCUGUCCUAUAAAUAAAGAUAAAAACGCCCAAAAAUAUAACUUAAAAAAAUAAUAAAAUGAGAAUAUAUUCGAAGUAACUCUUCAAUUCUUACAAAGUAAACAAAUAUUCAAAAAUCAUUGCCCAUCCCUAACAGCGACAAAAAUGAGGUCUGAGAACGAUUCUGUUACGUCUGUUCAAAAGUUUGACUCACAUCUUUAAGAGCUACACCGCAGCCAGUCAGCAGGAGGAGCUCUGAAUACUUUGACCUCACUUUUGUCAUGUCGUCCAUCUUUAUACAGUCCAUGUUAUAAAUAAGAUAACUGAUUGAGCCAUCUGCAUCUGCAACCAAUCACUGCUGUGUGGGAGGGGGGGGGGGUGUAUAUGCUAGUGGGAGCUGUGUAACCUUUGACCCAGAGAAAAAUAAAAUGAAUGAAGGAUCAUCACGAGGCUAAAACGACUCUUUACUGCUCCCCUGUUGCCAUAGAGACGACACAUACCUGGCUUUAAGACUUCAGUUUCCAUAGUAACAGUACAGCUAAGAAAGGAGUUACCAGGGAAACAGAGGAGUGAGAAAGGGGAGGAGGAGGAGGGCGAACAAAUUAGUCAGAGCAGGAGUUCUAUGCACAGCACGUUUGUUUUUAAUACAAAAUUAACAAGAUCUCUCAUCAGAGUGAACUAACCAAAGCAAUAAAAAGUACAACUAACACUUUGGAAAAAUAGACACCACGUUCACACCAGAGAGUUUUUUUUCUUCUUUUA